GCCGGUCUCGGUGCUACUCGUGAACCUCAUCUGCGCCUUCAUUCUCUCCCCCUCAUCCCCAUCUCCUCUUCUGCCUCGCCGACUAAGCAGCCCCGCGAACGACUAAUCACCCCGCCGUCAUCAUGGCGUCCUCCUCUCGUUAUCAGUUGGCUGACAUUCUGAAAAUUAAUCCUGCAGCUGAUCACCACUGUCUCGGUCUCUCGCACUCUUACAACCGUCGCUGCAACAAUCUGAUCAGCUAUCAGAAGCGUCAGGAAGCUCACUCCCUGAUUGAACGAGGCUCCCGCGUAUUUGCAGCUACCUCUUCCAUAUCCGCUGUCGAUCCGCUUCUUGUCGACAUCGCCAGCCUCCUUCUCUGCCCCAACCAGCACCGAUACCAAUUCUUGACCCUGGUCGCCCAGUGGGAAGCGAAACUGCAGCGGUAUCUAGCUGAGCAGCGAUCCGGCGCUCCCAUCGCAGUCAUGUCAAACAGCUACUUUCACAUGGCCCCCAACCCCACCAUCAUGGCUACGGGUAGUGGGAUUGCGGUCACCAACCUGACAACCACCCACCAUGGGCCCGGCUCAUCGAGCAGAAUCACCAUCCAGCAUGGCAUGGUCGGGAUGGGUGCAAACCAUCAUCACCACGUGCAGAGCCCAAGACCCCGAGUCGAGAUCAUCCGUCCCGCGGGCGACCCUGUUGCUGCUACCACCUCGAUUUCACCUUCAGCUUCCAGCAGUGCUUCCCCUUCUCCGCACGCCAAUUCUGCAUUCCAUCACCGUCCCCACACCCCGGCUGUCCAGCUUGUCAGCAGCACCUUGAUCGCUUCGGGCCAUACUCACCCCGCCCAUCAAGGAAGUCCGAGACCACUUCCGUCUGGACCAAACACUAUAUCUAUGUACUGCGACUCACCUACCGCCCCAAAGCAUCAUCGCGUCAAGCCUCGCCCUGUGGAUGGCGACUGCGGAAUUUGUCUUCUCCCGUAUCUGGAUGAGAGUAUGCGCUGCGACAUGUCCGACGAUGGGCGAACGGACGACGAUGAGGAUGACGAAUGGGAGGAACUGGACGACGAAGAACUUGCCGGCCCGGACUACGAUCACGGCCUUCUGGUCUGGUGCCGGGGAUCCUGCGGGACCAACUACCACCGGGCAUGCUUGGAGCAGUGGCUCGACACCUUUGACACCCUGGAGCCGACGUGCCCGACCUGCCGCAACUACUGGAUUCUGUAGAUGAGAAGCUGGAGGAACUAGGAAGGAGGAAUGCAUACCGGGAGUUGUUAUUUUCUUUUAUUACUGGAAUUGAUAUCCAACGGAACUCUACGCUUCUCAUGGCUUACCGGAGUUUACACUGGGAGGGAGCAACAAGGAAUAUGGCUAUGGAUAUGGAGUUAGAGGACUGGGUUUACAGCAUGGCUCGAUAUGAUAUGAACAGAAAUUUUCAAAUGCAGCUAAUAAUAUGUACAGCUUAAGAU